CAUGAGGAAAGAGAGGCAGGAGUGUGUGGCUCAUACAUCUGCAAUGGCCAUUGAGCUGCGCUCUGGUGUCAAAUAUGGCUCGUUUUUGUCACUUGCAGUGGUGUUGGUGGCGUAUUGGUUCCACUCACCGGACAGUUCGGUUCUGGACGAGAGGCUGGACGCGGUUCUGUCUUCACUGCUGCGUGCAGAGCGGAAAGUGGGCAUGAACAGCGUGUCCAGCCCGCGAGUGGCUAUAGGUUUUGGCGGCUGUGUGGAUAUCAUAGUCGAUGGAGUGACUCUGCUGAACAAAAUGGGUUUGAAGCCGGCAGACCAGCCCCUCCACCACGACUACAUAGAGAACACGGAGCAGCUGGCACAGAGUUUCGCUUACUUUUUCUCCCCCGGAGCUGCUUCAGAGAGGUUUGUGAUGAAUGACACGCUCUUCAGUGAGCUGGUAGAGGCUUCUCGAGAGUUACCAGGAAACAGGUGGUCAAUAGGAGGAAAUGCACCUGUCAUGGCCAGCAGGAUGGCGCUGGAAGGAUGUGAUGUGCUUUUAGGGGGCAGUUUCAGCACCGAUUUCACUGAAAUCCUCUCACAGCGUAUCACAGUGGCUGGAAACACAGUGGAUGAACCAGACAUCCACCUGAUCCUGGAGUAUCCAACGGGUGCCACAUGGGGGACGUACACCUCCCGAAGAGCCAACAGGUAUAUUGUCCAUAGUGAUGAUCAUAAUCCAUAUCUGGACUCCAUGGAGCAAUUUCAGGAGAAGCUGAACAGCUUCAAACCAGAUCUGCUCGUUGUAGGAGGGCUACAGAUGAUGGACAACUUCCCUUUCAAACAGGGAGAGCGUGAGGCUCUGCUGGGAAAGCUGGCAAAGAUGUUGUCCUCGGCGUCUCCGCAGAUUGCUGUCCAUUUCGAGAUGGCCAGCUUCGUAGAGAAGAGUCUGAUGUCAGAUCUCCUAGAGUUUCUUCUUCCUCACACCGACUCAUUAGGCAUGAACGAGCAAGAGCUGCCCAAUCUCCUGAGCCUUUUCCGCGGCAGCAACUUGACAGUGCUUUCCGACCCCAACCCACGCGUAGCUACAGUGCUGGACCAGAUGCGAGAACUCUACCGCCUGGUAAACCAGCGCCACCGGCAGGCCGGCACGGGUCGGCCGCUCACACGCCUUCACGUCCACACGCUGGCUUUCCAGGCCAUCAUCGUCAAACGUGGCUCCAAGUGGAAGAACACCAUGUCGGCCACAGCCAAAGCAUCUCUGACCGCCAACCGGCACGUCUGCGGCUCGCCGGACAUCGAUCUCAGUAAAGCGCGGCUGAUCAUGGACGAAUCGUUCUCUGUUAGCAGGCAAGAAGGAAGUCAGAGAAUUCCACUUGAGGAAUCCCGACCCGUUUCGUGCUGGGAUGAGGACGGCUAUGAGGUUUGCGUGGCUCCUGUGCUGGUGUGCACUGAGGUGUACCAGACUGCUGGAGGAGGAGACAACAUCUCUGCCGCUGGGCUCGUACUGCAGAUAUGAGACGUCUUUGCUUUUUCUUUUAUUGCUUCAUUUAAUUUUUUUUGUGUGAAAAACAUCGAGACAGAUCAUGUGCAAUACAAACAUUGGGUCCAGCUAAUAUAACGUUGGGUGAAUCUCACAAAACGUGUCAACAAUAUAGCCACAAUAUUUUUUUUCCUUAUGCAAAAUAUAAUUUUUUAUUUUUCCCUUUUGAUUUUUGUGUGAAAUAUGAUCUGGACACUUGAUUAUGAGAUUCACCGAGUUAUCCCACCUAUAGGUCAUAUGUUUUCAGUUUGUUUUUCUUUACUGCUAUCCAGAACCUUUAUGUCUUAAAAUGGCUCCGUAUUCAUUCACUUCAUGCGCAUUACUCCAACAAGGGCCAGUAAUCUUAAAAUAAUAUGCAGAAGAGCACCCAGAGCCAUUAUAUUAUGACUGAAAUCAAUCGAUGCUGAUGCACACAGUAGCCCGCUAUGUUAAUGUCAAGUGGAAAUGCAGACAAAUUUAGCAUGACUGAAGUGUUAUGGAGUCCAUAUUUUACCUAACAUUGCUUUAUCCUCAUUGGUCGAAUAUUAUUGCUUCCUUGUUUUAUGCUCUGCCUACUCAAGUCACGUCUUUAUUCUCAUUCCAUAGCAUCAUCAUAUUCCACUUUAACAAGUGAUUGAGCAGUUGCACAUUAUCCCAAACAUGGAAACAAUUCUGUCUUCCGCUCUCAUUUUCUCAUGUCUUAUUUAUAUCUUUAGCUUAUUUUACAACACAACGACUGAAUUCAAACACAUGCCACUUUUAAUUAAGGGAACAUGGCUUGAUUUUUAACUCUAGGGAAGUGAAAUGUUUUAAGGAUAGUAAUUUUAGCUUGUGUGGGUGUAUCUCAUGAAACCAUCAAGAAAUAUGUCCCAGUCAUAUUUCUCCCCAAAAUCAAAAGAAAUAUAUUAUAGUGAUCUCAAUUAAAAAUAAUUGGAAUUACAAAUAAAAUUCAGUUUUAAAAAAGGACAAUGUGCUUAACUGACAUGUAAAUAACAUGCUAAAAAAGAAGUAAUGAAGGAGAGGUGUGUUAUUUCUUUGCCAUUACCAUUAUAAUAUUCAAUUUAUUUGAUUUUAUUU